AUGGCAAAUCGCACAAGGCCGCGCGCACAGGCUCACGUUGAGAAAGAGCACGAGACAUUAGAGCGCCUUAAAAGCAUACCCGCGGAGCUUCAGCCUGGCAUCAAGAGCUGGAACCUUCCGGAGAGUGUUCUAAAGCAGUUGGCCGACUGGAAACGGGAGGAUGAUGAGAGGAAAGGCAACGAUUCAGAUGACGACGAUGAGGAUGACGAUGACGAUGGUCACGAAAAUGAGGACAAUGACGAUGCGACUGGACCCGCCAAGAGAGAGGACCUACUGAAUCGCUUCCGAGAGCUUGGAGGGGACGUCAAAGAUCAACAAGCGUAUGAUUCGUUUGUCAGCAGGAACGCUUACGACGUGUACCAUCACGUCAGUGGAUACUCCAAGGAGGAGCCCACAGUAGAUGGAACGCUGCUACACUCUCUGGCACGGACGACCACAACCUUGUCGUGGCAAGUCUGGGUCAAGUUCAUACUUGACGUCGCCAGAAGCAUCAGGGUAGAUGUCCUGUGCGAAAACGCAAAAGGAAACAAGACCUGCAUACACGCUGCUAUUGAGCAUGGCGAUGAAGGACUUCCUUUCAUCAUCUUCAUUUGCGACAUCGAAGAUGACAAAGUCCUAGAAACUGCCAUUGCGCUCACAACCGACCUUGAGCUAAGCUGCGUUGAUCUUGCCAUUUCCGAAGUCUCGCCCGUGGCAUCAGCGUGCUCUUUUAAAGGCUUUCGGCUUUCUGGCAUGCAAAUGCUCCAUGAACUGACCCGCAAGGCUAGUGAGGCUACUCUAUCCAGGUCUCGAAAAUCUAAAGUCGGCGGUAGCCGCGACGCUGGGCGUGGGAAUCUGCCGCUACACGACCUCGUUCACGUCAAUGUCUGCAGAGACUUGACAAGAAGAUGUUCGAAGGAUAAAAACACAUGCAAGUUGUGUCGGAAGCAAAAGGACGAUUUCGCGCAUUACCGCCGCACGUAUCUGGAUGUCUUGGACUUGAUGGUGAAGAAGCAUCCGCAGGCUAUGACGAAGAUGAACAGCGCGAAGCAGUCGCCAUUCCUCUUUCAUUGCUAUACCAGAGACAGCAGCGAGACAAAUAAAGACUGGGGUAGAUUGGAGUUUGACACGUCUGUUGAUACCAUCAUUGCUGCAAAAAAUGGACGGUCAAAUGCAGAACUGCCGCCGAAGCUUCCUCCCAAGAAAGGAGAUCCUUAUCACCCCAGCCAGGGAAAGAACGGCAGCGAACCCACUGCCCUACAAACCAGCUCUCAAGCAUCGAAAGUGUUGAAGCACAAAGACCCAAAGGACGUAGAGAUCUCUAGGGACCUGGUAACGGUAGUGUCUCAAAAGCUUCUAGAGCUAUGCUUAUCGUCCGAGUCUUUUUCAGACGUCUGCAAUAGCUCGUUCGGAGAGAAAUUUCCCAGCGCCGAAUUCAUCUUCAAAGCCGACCCGCUGACCGAUCGGACUGUCGGCAGACACCAGAAGCUCCCGCUGGAGAGGAUGCUGGCUUGUGUCGAGGUAAGCCUGUACGCGAGGCAAGCGGCAGCAGGAGAUAGCGAAGCGCAGUCGGAAGAGGAAAGAGACACACGGGAAAGGCUCGUGACGAAGUUGUUUGACUGGCUUCGAGGAGCGAAACAAGUGAAAAGGAUCGUGCAGCUCGUCAUCUACGACCACGCACAAGCACCAUGCAGAGACGAGGUCGUAAAAGCGUGUCUCAAAGGCUUCGAUGUGCGGUAUCUGGACUGGAAUAAAGAAGACUUAUCCAUCGAUGUCCUCCAAGAGGUUGCGCCGAACCUCCAGAAACUAUGGCUCACUUGGAGUGGUCGCAAAUCGGCGCUGCAUGGCUGGGCCAACGAGCGCAACCAGUGGAUCGAAGCGGUCACCAAAUUUCGCGAUGUCCUUAAUGCGAAACUCGGGAAGCUCGACGACUCUGUUAAAACCGCCAUGCAAGGCGCCAUCAAAGUGGCUAUCAUAGACGACGGCGUCGACUUGGACGGUUUGGUCAGUUCGGACUACGUGACUGGAUGGUGUCCGUACAGCAAGACGCCCGACAGAGGGCUAGUGAAUGCUUGGUACAUAUCGGACAAGAAGCAUGGUACUGAAAUGGCCCGACUGGUCCAGCUUGUAUGGCCGCGGCUCAGUUUGUACAUGGCCAAGCUGGACACCACGCGACGUGUUCAUAAGACCGUAGCAGCUUCGGCUGCAGAGGCAAUCAACCAAGCAGUAGCCAGCGGCGCAAAAGUAAUCUCGAUGAGCUGGACAAUGUACAAGUCGUCUGAUGAUCCAAAUGACGAGGGCAUCAAGAGCAUGAUGAGGGCGAUCAAAAAUGCAGAGGAUAAUAACAUCAUCAUGUUCUGCGCAUCCCAGGACAGCGGCUGGGCAGGAUAUCGCGAGCCAUAUCCGGCUGCCGAACGCAACCCGAACACCCUCAAACGGGUCGGCUCAGCUGGCGUACACGGCGGGCGAUCCGACUACGUCAAUCCCAAGGAGGUCGAUUAUCUCUUUCCCGGAGAAGUUGCAAUGUCGGGAAGGGCAAUGUCAGCGCACAUCAGUGGCAGUUCGGCCGCGACAGCUUUAGCAUCUGGCCUGGCAGGCUUGAUACUUUGGUGCUGUGCGCUACAAGAGAAGCAGCACCCACCGGAGAAGACGUCAAAACCCGCAGUAAAGGCACCCGACGUCAGGAAGGAGCCAAGUCCGAUGGAACUACCGAAAAGAACAAGUACGCUUUCUUUCGAUGUGCUGCCCAAUCCGCAAGCGCCGAAGAAGCCCGUCAAUUUCCAGAACCACGCGCAAAUGUAUGGACUUUUCACGGCUCUUCGCAGCAGCAUGGAUAACCCUCUGGUCAAUAUCGCGCCUUUGCUGCAUGCGGCUGCCGCGCACAAGGACCCCGCGGGAGAAAUGGUUCGGCGCUGCCGGAAUGAGAUUCUCAGAAUUACGGAAAACACGAGCUUAGUAUGA